GACAAAUGAUGACAAAAACACCGAUUUAAAACUAAAUAUUAACACUUUUUCUUGUAGCUUUAAUUUUUUACAGCUUUGUCGUUAUUGUAUACAUGUCCAAUGCCAUUCUAUUUGAAGACUGAAGUUUAUAUAAUAAUUGUCUAAUAUUAAAUAUUAAUUUUAAAAUCCAACAAUAUCAAGAUGGAAACAAACUUAAAUCGAGAUAUAACUGCACUCACUGAGGUGAAUGUGUAACAAUAUUAUAACCAACAUUUUUUAAACAUUUUUUUAUUAUUGCUCAAUGAUUUUAUUUUUAGGUGAACUAUUCCUUCACAACAAAAUCUACUACGAAAUAUGUACAAGUUACUCAGAAAUAAAAACAAAAUUUGUCAUAUUUACAGUCCAUAGUGAUAAAAGGUGCCGUGCAUGCUCUCUGCAUAUACAAUGACAUUACUCAUUAGCACAGCUGGACUGCAUGCAUGAGAAACUGCACUCUCCUGGGUAAAACACUCCGGUGUAAAUGCCCUGGAGCUGCCUCAUCUGCCCUUACCAGUGUAACCUGCUGCAUACACAGCAAGCACAUUAUAAAACGGAUUAAAAAAAAGUCAUUUAACAAAUAAAAUACACUUCCUUUUGUUGAUUCUACAUAAUCUGGGAAUUCAGUGUAUCAAUGUUUAAAAUUUUAAAACUGCAAGUUUACCCGUUUAACUCCGUCAAACCGCCGGAAAAAAAACCGACAGCUUAAUUUACAUGACAGACACUACACUAACCAAUCAAAGUCCUCUGGGGGUUUGUACCGCCCAUUUGGAGUUAAAGUCCCUCCCAUUUGGAGCUCCAACUUCCGUUUAUACCUACCUCACAUCAUCCACUUGAUUUUUUAAAAUCUCGCCCUCUGGCGGAAAUUACAAACCGGAAGUGGCAUUAGAGUGGGCGGUAUCGGCGUGUAAAUAACCUCUCAGCAGAGCCAUGACUUCACAGUCUAUGUAGUGCACCUACGUAGGCAGUAGCGAGCCGUUUGGGAUUUUAAUGUCAUUUCUACUGACGUUAUUGUAGCUUUUUCCCGAGCAGUGAGAGACAGUGAGAGGUGUGGAGACAGACCUGAGUGCAGGAGAACAUCUCCAGCCAUGAGGACCCCUGAGGAAACAUGGAGUGUUUAUUAUUACCUGAUGUCUUGCAGGUCAGUGCUUUGUCUUCGGUUUGAAUUAGAUGCGCGUGCACAUGUGAUUUAGCACUGAUCUUUGGGCUUUUACACUGGAGUUACAGUGGAGUUUAAAUGCUUAGUGAUGUUAGUCUUGUUAGCAGGUUGUACAAACACGGUGAUAAUGUAAAAUAUUUGAAACACGCCUAUUUUUAUUUUCAUGAUUCACAGUAACAUCAACGCCAGCAUGAACAUGAGCUCCCAGGGUUACAAUUUCCAAGCAACGGUUUCUAGGUUUGUUUUCACUCUGUAGGCGUGAUGCUAGCAGGCUUUCAUAAUUUGGUACACUUUUGGUAAAUGUGUACUUGUAAGUUGUUUGUGUGUGAGCACUAGAAAUGGAGUCUUGUCCUGUUUCCAACAUGCUGACUGAGGGAUAUUGGAUUUUUUUUUUUUUUUUUAAGCAAACUUAAGCAAACUCAAGUAAUGUUGAGCUGAAGUGUUUUCUUGUUUCUCAGCACAAUUCCAGAAAGCCCCUAGAGAUCCUGGCUGCAUGCUGACUGAGGAGUGUCAGGCCGCAGUGAUGCUCUCCACCGAGACCGUCCGAGAGCUCCAGACUAAAGAGCGCAAACACAAGAGCACCCUGAGUAAACAGCUGGCCAGUGCACUGUCUUCAGACCUGAACAGGCUGUUGCAGGAGGAGCAGGAGACGGACGUGAGUGUGUGUGUGAGCUCAGGUUUCCGGCUCAGGGCCCAUAAGGCUGUGCUGCUAGCUCGAGCUCCUCACCUCCUCCAGGGAACCGCGCCAAAUGCUUCCAUCAUCAACCUGCAGGGAACGGAACCUACUGCACUCAAAGAGCUCAUUCGGCGAGUGUACACAGAUGAUAAGUGCCUGGGGAAGGGGAGUGCUGCCUCUGCUGGACUGCAUGGGCUCUCGCUGCUAUCAAACGGCGCUGUGGUGGAGGAGGAUGUAGAGUUUCACGCCAGUGCAGAUCCAGAGUCUGUGCGUUUAGAGCCUGCCUCUGGGCUCGGUGCUGAUCUUUUAGCCCUGUACGAACGAGGUGAAUCCUGUGAUAUCAGUAUCCAGGUGGGAGACAGAGUCUUCUCGGCUCACAGGGCAAUUCUUUGCGCUCGCUCUCAGUACUUUCGAGCAAUGUUGUGUGGCAGCUGGAUGGAAAGCUCACGCCAGUGCAUCACACUACAGGGUCUGGGCCCCGAUGAGAUGGAGGUUCUUCUACACUUUAUGUAUGGAGCCAUUCUGGACCUUCCACCAGGGAGCAAUGUGAGUCAGGUCGUCUUGGCAGCAGACAUGUUGGGUCUGGAGGGACUGAAGGAUGUGGGUGAAAUGGUUCUGACCAGAGACUAUUGCAGGUUCUUCCCUAAGCCUGUUGAAGGAGUGCAGAGGAGCAUACUUGAGUGCCUUGCCAUUAGCCAUUCCAUUGGCCUCCACAAUCUUUACAGCUCAUGUGUCAGGUGGGUAGCUGAGCAUUUUGUGAAGUGCUGGUCAGAGCGGAGCUUCUCCAUCCUUCCUCCUGAGCUACAGAGAGAUUGCCUUGAUACGAUCAUUAAAAGCAUGACAGUUCAGACUUCGAUGUCGGUGCUGUGUGGUACUGAGCAGCUGAUUGGCUCUUUGCCUGAGGUGAAGUGGGCGAAGCAGGUUGCGUGUUUGGCCACCGAGCUACAGGGGCAUUGUUUACACACCAUUGUCGCACAUCUGCCCCGAGUAAUACACACCACCGCCUUCCACAGCCUCCGCAGGAGGGAGGAGUUUACACAUGACCCCACGCUGCUGAAGAAGGUGUGUGUAGCUGUGCGGGAAGCCGUGACUGUGGAGAACUGCUGCGAACUCUUCAGCGCAGUGGACCAACUGAGCGGACAGUCAGACACAGACAUACUGACAACACAAUCAGCCACUCAGGGGCUAGAGAACAUUGAGCCCUUCAGACGCGAGGUGUGUUUGCUACGCGCACGGCUCUGGACCUUUCUGCUUCAGUCAUUCUUUGCAGUGAGACACACGAGAGGAUGGGAAACACUGCAUCCCAGACACCGGGAACGGAUACUCGCAGCCACUCUUGAUACUGGGGACUGCAGAAGACUGAGUAAAAAGCCUGUCCUUACCAGCUCUCAGAAGCUUGGGAAAUGUCCUUCAGGCUCAUCCUCUCCGUGUGAGAGUCCUCCGACCUCUCAGCCUCCGAAGGCUCUCAGGGGCCCACGUCCCUCUGUGGAAAACACUGUAGCAGCCUCGAGUGCCAUGAAGUCUGAUAGUCUGGGCCCGACAGCUGCCACAAAAACCAAACCCGGCACCACUGACUCAAGCCGGGCCAGGACCAGCAGCCCGGCUAAAAAGAAAACACCCUCCACCACUAAAACUGUGCUGAAUGGCAGUGUCGGCCCCACAGUGCGGCGGGAAAACUCUACUGCUAAUGGCACAACACAAGGCAAAUCACUCCAGGAAAAAAGUGUGGCACCACGUGCCAGGCCCAAACCUGCCCCCACUGGGGUGACUGGGGCAGUGAGUAAAGCUAAAGCGAGCAAAACCACAGCAUCAGGGAAGGACUCAACUCACGGCUCAACCUCCGACAGCCCUGGGAAUGCCCAGUGUUCCCAAACCACACUCUCUACAUCAGGCAGCGUCUCACCAGAGAGCAGCGUUGGCAGUCCUCGGAACAACAGCAGCCAAGCUCUCAGGUCAAAACCCCAAGCCAUGUCAACAACAAGAUCUCCUCUGACCAAGCCUGUCCAGAAACCAGAGAAGGACAAGGCUAAUAGUCCCAUUAAUAAAGGGAAUAAACCCAAGAGCACAGUGAGCAGCAAAGCAGGCACGAGUGUGGGGGCUGCAGCUCGAACGGAGCCAAAGAGCAAGAGCACUGCUUCAGGCUCUUUAGAGAACAACGCUUCACCACGAUGUGGUUCAGUCGUGACCAACAGAAAGCCUACCUCUCCCAGGAAAGAGGACGAAAAAGAUGGUUCCAAGCAUUCCACCACGAGGAAACCAACAAAACCAAGCACAGAUUCAAAACCUAACACCAGACCAGCCAAACCCGCCGUAUCAUCAUCACCUAAAUCAUCUCCAUCGACAACAAAUAAAAGCGGACCCAAUAGGAAAGUUCCAGAAACCCCAGCGGCGAAAUCUUCUCCCAAGUCUGUGAUGCCGUCCAAACAGUCGUCAGUUGCUGCCUCCAAAAAGCCAUCUGCUGCAGAGAAGCAUUCGGCAUCUAACCCAAAACACUCAGUGGCCCCUCAGCAGCCAAACGUAACUACUAAGGAAGUGAAGACUCAGGAAGUGAGAUCAACCCAAGACCAGAGCCCCAAAAAUCCUGUAUCUGCUGAAAGGAAUUCGGAUGUAAGCGCUGAGCAGCGUUGUACUGUUCAGGAUUCUGUACCCAAAGCAGCUAUGGUAGCCUCCACUGAGUCUUUUGUUGCUAAGAAAAACAUCAGCCCACCUGUUGAAGGCAGCAGUUCAGACAAGAAACACACUACAGAACAGAAAGCACUACAAAGCCAUACCAUUCUUCCUCAUCUUAGUACUGGAGCCACACAUGGAAUCACCUCCCAGAAUCACUCCAGAGAGGCAGACUUUCCCCCUGACACGCCAUGCAGCCUGGGGAGCACAGACACCCCCCUGGAGGACUCAUGGAGUGGGAUCCCCCCUCAAGUCAGUCCUGAAUCGGAGACGGCUAGUGCCACUACGUCCUCAGACGACAUCAAGCCGCGAUCGGAAGAUUAUGACGCUGGUGGUUCGCAGGAUGACGACUGCUGCUCACACGAGCGCGGUGCAACGAAAUGUGGGACGAUGCGAUGCCCUGACUUUUUGGGCCGCAGCAGCAGUGACACCAGCACUCCAGAGGAGCUGAAGAUAUACGAGGGUGCGGCCGGGCUGCGAGUAGAGGUGCGGCUCAGGGGCCGCGAAGCAGAGACUACGAGCGAAGAAGAGGUGGGGCGUCGGCGGCCCCCAUCCUGGAUAAGACGUGAUGAAGUACCUGUGAAGGAUGAGCCGUGCAAGAUGGACGACGAUUUAACAAACAUGAAGAGUUUGCCAGAACACCAGCACCUCUCUUCUGAAGAAGACGAAGAAGAGGAGGAGGAGGAGGAAGAUUCUGAAGAAGAACGGUCUGAAGUGGAAGUUUUGCCUGGGGGCAUUGCACCUCCUCACCCAGAACCGUCUCCGCAGUACCAGGGUAUUGUCAACCCGGCAUUCGAAGACGCAGCUGACCAAGAGAACGAGCACGAAUACCAACCUACUUCUGCUUUCCAUCGCUCGGUUCUGCUCUCGGUGGAUGAGUGUGAGGAGCUGGGAUCUGAAGAAGUGGGAAAUGGUGAUGUCUUUGAAAGUGACGUGCCUCAAAACACCCAGGCUAAAUCCUGUUCCCAGAAGUCCACCCGCACAACAAAGGACAACCUUCAGAAUCCAGACCCUAAAUCCCUGGUGUUCCAUACAGAGGUCCAUGAAUCUCCAGUCCGGGAUGUGUGUGAGCUUAAACAGUCAGGCCCUUCUCAGCUAGACACAGACUUAAAUGAAGUCCCUCCUCAGGAACGACCCAGUCACCUGGACCUACGACUGGCCGAGCAGUACGGCAGCUCGCAGUCUAAGCAUGCAGAGAGCAAGAGAGCAGAAUUAUGGCUAGACAUACCUGAAGCUCAGGUGACUACAAGCUCACCUGCACACCCUGCCCAGUCCCCAGCAGGGGACUUUGAGGGUUGUGACAGAUCGGAUCAAAGCUGCACACAUGACCGGCGCCCAUCUAAAGUCCUGUCCCCCAUUUACGAGAUGGAUGUAGGAGAGGCAUUCGAGCAAAGCUUGGACACGAACAGGACCGAGGAAGGACCUCAGGACGAGACUCGUCAGGACGAAGAGGGGACAGAAAAGAAAAAGGAAAACGACGAAGAGGAGGAUGAGAGCACUAAGUUUGUGGAACGAGACUGGAGCUUGCUUCGGCAGCUUCUAUGUGAGCAGGAGUCGAGUCUGGGCGUGAUAAACCCAGUCCCCGAGGACCUGAACCUGGCUCAGUAUUUGAUCAAGCAGACCCUGUCCCUGUCUCGAGACUGUGUGAACGAGCAGACCUUUGCUCAUCAUGAGAAAGAGAUUCAAGGUUUCAAGCGCUGGGCUGAGCUCAUCUCACCAAUGGAGGACUCGACCACCAGCAUCACUGUGACUAGCUUCUCUCCGGAGGACGCCGCCUCUCCGCUGGGAGAGUGGACCAUCGUGGAGCUAGAGACGCACCACUGACAAGGAUGAACAUCCUUUUGUGUAGGCCAUUUUGGAGUACUGCAUUUUCUUCCCUCUACACUGACAUGUGGAUGUUUCUACGUCUUUUUAAGGGACGCCAGGUAACCUUUUUGGUCCGCACAUGAACUUAUUUCGCCUAAAGUUACAUCUUCUAAGGUACUUAACAAAGAGUGGACCGAUGGACUUGAUGUUGAUUUGCAUGUGGACAUUUUUUUUGUAUAAGUUAUACUGUUUUACUUGGUGUCGCCUUGAUCUUUGUAGAAAAUUAAAAAUGUAUACCUGUUGCACUUUCUGUUAAACGAGCGUUAGGCAAUGGCUUUGAAAAAUGAUUUAGUAUAUGUAGUAAGUAUGGUGCUUUACAUCCAUUGUUCUAUGUAAUAAAAUGUGUGGU